AAUACAUAAUAUGCAUAUCUACACCUAAAUAAAACUCCACUGAUAUAAGUUCCUUCGAUAUACCCAGAUAUUAUUCAUGCAAAUUCUCUACUAAUAUUACGUAUGAACUGCUGAUUAUAGGGCUUAGAAUGUAUCCCUGUUAGCUUCGGAAACGGAUCAUACGUGUAGUCAUGCGAGAUCCCGUCUUCCCGGGACUUUAUGUAUAAGUAAGACAAUAAGGAAGUCUGCAACUACAUAAAAACGCCACAUGCAUAACUAUACGAUUCCAAUCCGUCGAUGAAUGAGGGGCAAUGCCUACCCUGAAAGAAGCACACGGUCCUGAGGAAGAUUGGUCAGGUUUAAGAGAUGCCAAAGCGAGACGCAAGUUGCAGAAUCGGUUGAAUGUUCGUGCUCAUCGGCGACGAAAAGCGUUACUCGAAGGUACAAGUGCUUGUACAGCGACCAGCGCCACAGAAUACAACCAGCUGGUUUUAAGUCCGAGGGCCUCCAGCCGGGAUCACGGCGAAUUCGAAACUCAAGAUCAGACUAAUUACUGGGUGGCUAAAUUUUCUAAGUUGCGGCUGCUGGACACAGAUUCUAUCUCGCUCGAGAACCAGGCCUCUUUAUUCCCAUUAUCGUUAGAUCACUUGAUACCGUUGGUACAAUACAACUUCGUUCGGGGUGUUUUGACAAAUAUGGCGAUCUUGGGCCUUCAGGAUGUAUUCCCCCCAGAAUGUGCUCGGGUAUGGGUUAACAUGCCGCUCUUCCCAGCGCCAUCCACCAUCCCUGAGUCUCUUCAAUCCACGGAAUUACAGCGGAACACACCUCAUGAACCGUGGAUAGAUCUUAUACCCGAUAAACAGAUGCGCGACAAUACUAUUCUUGCUAUGGGUUCGUUUGCACGCGAGGAUGUCGAGGAAGAUGUAGCGGCCACCAUGUUCGGAAAGGUGAAAUUGCUUGAGAUGAGCGGAUUGAUAGCCUGGAAUGAACCAUGGAGAACAGAGGGCUGGGAAUUGACGGAAGGGUUUAUACAAAAGUGGCCGUUCCUUGUGAAAGGUUGCCGAGACAUGCUUGAGUCUACUAAUCGGUGGCGGGCAUUACGAGAUGAAGAUCCCCUGGUUAUCGAACUGUGAGGAUUAGGUACUCAGGUGUACACCACAAUAGCCUGUGAUCAGACAUAUGAACCCCCACUCAAGGUAUGUACUAUAUUUAUAUAUAUGUGUAUAAAUACGUUGAUUUAAUCUAUGUAAUUAGAAUAUAGAUAGCAUAAAGAGAUUCCCAUUUCAAUGCCCAG